AGUUUUUUCUCUGCCAUUCAUAAAUUUAACAGUUUGUUCACAAGCAUGACUGACUGCUUCCUCUUUGAACUUCCUCCUGGCUCUGAUUGGUUGAAUCUGACCAGAUUACCUGUCUCACAUUUUACUGUCAGCAGUCACAAUUUUAAGAAAACUGACUUUUUUUUACAAAAAGCAUUUUUUUGUGUGUAUAAACAAACAUCUUGCUUCCUUAGCAUAUUUCCUUGAAAUAAUGUGUGUGCGUCAUGUUCCUCUUAAAAGAUAAUAGGAUGCUGUCCAGGUAAUUACAGUUGAGAAAUGAGGAAGAAAGUCACAAUGGCUUUCUGUAUCUUAAGCUCUUCGGAGGCUCAAUCCGCUUCAGUUCUCCAGAACCUAACGCUACAGCGAUGGCCACAGCUCCACCAGAUAAGGGUCACCAACCAAUGGUUGUCACUUUGCCCCAGUAUGUCACCACUGAAGUCCAGGCUCAGCCUCACAUGGUGGUCCAUCAGAACGUUGUGAACAUCGCGGCCGUGCAGCCCAGAGACGACAUCAUCUGGUCUCUCGUUUGCUUCGCGUAUGGAAAUCCGUUCUGCCUGGGUCUGGCGGCCCUCAUCUUCUCCGUAAAGGCCAGAGACCGGAAGGUGGUUGGAGAUCUGGAGGGGGCCAGACAUUACGGCUCCACCGCUCGUGUCCUCAACAUCGUGGCGACCGUCCUGGUGUCUCUGUCCAUCUUACUUACGAUCAUUAUUUUGAUUGCCGUCACUUCUCGUCACUAGCUUUUCUGUUUUUGCUCUGCUAUCAAACUGAAACCUUGACAGAAGAAGAAGUGGUGGUAGUAGUAAGGAAGAACUUUGUGGUGUAAAGUUUGCUUGUGCACAGUCUGCAAAGAUGAAUGGAAAGUUUGUUUCACUAUAUGAAUAAAAAACACCAUGCUCUUUAAAA